CGAACUCGACUACUCGAGGUGAUCACCAGGGGAGCGAAGCUGAAGGCGGCAAUGGAGGUGGUAGACGAUGGCGUGAGGUACCAAAGUUUGGGUUGAUGAGAUUCAAACUCCUUCAGACUCUCACAAAGUGUGAACUCCUCCCAAACCUGCUCAGUGCGGCAUGUGCACUGCAUGUGAUUGCAGUAAACAUAAAUUCACUGACCUCAAUGUUUUUUUUUUGGUAUUCCUAACAUCAACAGAGCGUGAAACCCACGCACUGUUAAUUGGCCAGUUGGAGAUCCACCCGGGGUGGAGAGCAGACGCUCUCCUGCGAAUCAAGUUUCACUUGUCGAAUUCCAAGACAAUCAUAUUUUACUUUUAAGUGACAAGUAUCCUGAUAAGUUUUGUGGACUUUCAAGACAAAUGCUUCCAUAAAGAUGCAUGCUCCAAAUUUCCUCGACUUUCUAGCUCUUUGGAGUCUAGCAUGAUGCUCCUUUAUAAGGAGUGGAUAAGAAAGGUAGUCACCAAGCUCAAACCACAAAAGAAUAGUUAGAGAAGUUUUUUUUGAUACGAGUAUAGUUAGAGAAGUUAUGGAUCAGAGUUCUAAUGCCCCUAUGCAUCUCUGCCAUGUUAACAAGCUCACUAUCUUCAUUAAUCGAACGUAUACAGUCAUACACUCCGUCGCUUUAUCAUUCUUGCUUUACUAUAGAGCCUCUUUCUUCUUCCACGACACCAAAACACCCAUCUUACCAUCUCUUAUUGUCUUUGCGGCCGAGCUCGUCUCCUCCUUCGAAUGGCUUCUAAGCCAGGCAUAUCGGUGGAGACCCGUCUCUCGAACUGUGUUUCCGGAGAGAUUGCCGGAAGAUGACAAACUUCCUGCAGUCGACGUGUUCAUUUGCACCGCUGAUCCGGAGAAGGAGCCACCUGUUGAGGUGAUGAACACUGUAAUAUCAGCCAUGUCACUCGACUAUCCACCCGAGAAGCUUCAUGUGUAUUUGUCAGAUGAUGCCGGUGCUGAUGUGACUCUGAAUGGUAUGAGAGAGGCUUGGACGUUUGCAAAGUGGUGGAUUCCAUUUUGUAAGAGGUAUAAGAUCAAGUGCAGGUCUCCAAAAGCCUAUUUCUCAGUAGCUGAGGAUGAGAAUGAAGAUGAUGAUUUGGGGGGUACUGAUUUCAUACAAGAGAGACAAAUUGUUCAGGAAAAAUAUGAGGUGUUUACGGAAAGAGUGAGAGAAUACGCAAGGCAUGGUGACACCGGGAGCAGUAAGCGUCGAGAUCAUUCUGCAGUCGUUGAGGUGAUACAAGAAAGUUCUAGUAAUCAUGCAUUUGAAGAAAAUGAGGCAAAAAACAUGCCUCUCCUUGUUUAUGUCUCUCGCGAGAAAAGACCUUCUCAUGCCCAUCAUUUCAAGGCUGGAGCUCUCAAUGUUCUUCUUCGGGUAUCCGGUGUGAUCAGUAACUCUCCCUUCAUAUUAGGGCUUGAUUGUGACAUGUAUUGCAAUGAUCCAAGUUCAGCUCGGCAAGCAAUGUGUUUCCACCUAGAUCCCAAGCUCUCACCUACGCUAGCACUUGUGCAAUUCCCUCAGAAAUUCCACAACAUCAGUAAGAAUGACAUCUACGACAGUCAGUUGAGAGAGUUGUUUUCGGUGCUAUGGCAAGGUUUAGAUGGACUUCAAGGGCCAUGCUUAUCCGGUACUGGCUAUUACAUCAAGAGGUUAUCCUUGUAUGGAAAAUUCCUAAAGGAGGAUCAUGAGGAUCUUAUGGAACUUAGACAAUAUGUUGGUCCAUCAAGUGAGUUCAUAAAAUCCCUGCUUGGAAACCACAAUCCUAAUAUGAAAAUGGCACAGCUAGCUGAGACCCAACAACUAGCCUCCUGUACCUAUGAAGAUGGCACCAAAUGGGGUGAAGAGGCUGGUUUCUUAUACGCGUCUGUAGUGGAAGAUUAUUUCACAGGGUUCGCUAGCUUGCAUUGCAAGGGUUGGAAUUCAGUGUAUUGCAAUCCACCAAGGCCUCAGUUCUUGGGUAGUGGCGCCACUAAUUUGAAUGACGUUUUGGUCCAAAGGACAAGAUGGAGUUCUGGGUUGGUUGAUGUUGCCAUCUCCAGAUACUGCCCUCUUAUAUAUGGUCUUUCUAAAAUGUCUUUCCUUGAAAGUAUGUGCUAUGCAUGGCUAGCAAUUUACCCUAUUUGCCGGUUCUUCUCACUCUGGUGCUUUGCAACUAUACCUCAGCUUUGCCUAGUCAAGGGCAUUUCCCUGUACCCUGAGGUCUCAAGUUCGUAUUUUUUGAUAUUUUCUCUUGUAUUCCUCUCAUCUGUUUUGAGACAUUUACACGAGGUCCUCACAACAGAAGCGUCAUUACAACAUUGGAUAUACGAGCAAAGAAUAUGGAUGAUGAAAGCAAUUACAUCUCACUUAUAUGGUAGUCUUGAUGCUUUUAUGAAGAAAUUUGGUUUGAGGGAAGCAAGUUUCUUCCCAACAAAUAAAGCUGAUGACGUUGAACAACUCAAGCGUCACACCGCGGGGGUAUUCGAUUUCCGAACCUCAGCACUUUUUCUUGUUCCAUUGGCUUCACUGGUUAUCUUGAACAUGGCCUCUCUUUGUGUGGGCAUUAGCAGAGUGAUCUUUCAGGGGGAGUUGGAGAAGUUGUUUAUACAAGUCUUCAUACCAUUUUAUGCGGUGGUGGUCAAUUACCCUAUUAUAGAAGGAAUGCUAAUAAGGAAAGACAGUGGUCGCAUUCCACCAUCAGUCACCCUAUUGUCUGCUACAGCUUCAAUCAUUUUCUGCGUUUUGGGUUCAAUCAUUUUAAUGUAGCAAGGUUAUUUAACCUGCCCAUUGUUUUUUCAGAGUCAAUAAUAUAUGUUAUUAACUUC